GUUGAUUAGGAUGGGUUGAUUUCCAAGUAGAAAUUAAAAAACAACCUGAAAUAUUAAUUAUAACAAUUGAAUAUCAAUCUAAGACCUAUCACACAGCUGUUCUCAAGACUGAAUAAAUCAAACAUUUACUUAGAAAUGAGUGUGUAUAAAAGGAAUAUAAAAUAAUUUGCAGUUCCAAUUAGAGAAUACCAGGUAGCAAAGGCAAUUAGAAUUAGGAGAAUACUCAAUUAAAAGAGCGAGAUUAUUAAGAAUCUGACUUUUGCCUUGUAUUGAGUAAAAAUAAGUUAGAUGUGGUAUUUGAUGAAUCCAAUAAAUAGGUUGUAUAUAAUAGAAGAG